GAUACGAGUGCCCUGAUCUGGGCAUUCUGGCUCAGAUCACAUUUACGAAGUAAGAAGCGAAACAAAUUUGCAUGAUGCAUCAAUCAACGUGGCGUAGCUCGUCCCGAAUAUACUCAGUCUGUUCUGUCAAUCCUGCGUCACAACAUGAAUGAUUUGAAAUUUUCGCGGCUCAAAGUUCCUUUCCUUUGCCCGACACUCAUGAGUAAAUGAUGUGUUGCGAGUCAGCGCAUCAGGACCUCGGAUAGUACGGCCGUGCCUUCUUUCGAGAUGUCCACACUAAGAAUACGUUACACGGAUCCGUCGGCUAUCCCUUCAUCACGCAAAAAUACAAGAAACGAGAGGAGGGAUAGAGAUAAUAACAAACCGAGCUUGCUUCAACCGUCUCUUCACAACUGUUACAGACAAUGCCUUCAGCAACAGUACCAAACCAUACGACAGUCCUGGUCAUCGGGGGCGGCCCCGGUGGAAGCUACACAGCUGCAGUCCUCAAGAGAGAGGGUCUCGAUGUUGUUCUCCUCGAAGCAUCCAAGUUUCCCCGUUAUCAUGUCGGGGAGGGUAUGCUUCCGUCAAUGCGUCACUAUCUGCGCUUCAUUGGGCUUGAAGAAGAGUUUCACAACCACGGAUUUAUGCACAAACCCGGAGCCUGCUUCAAGCUCAACCAAGACUUGAGGGAGACUUAUACUGACUUCUCAACGCUUGGUCCCAGUCGCACGACCUGGAAUGUGAUACGAUCCGAGGCAGACGAGAUGAUGCUCCGCCAUGCCGCUAGAGAGGGUGUGCAUGUCAUUGAAGAGACGCGCGUCAACUCGCUGCAAUUUGAAGGGGACCCCGCGUCAUCCCGCCCCAUCAGCGCUUCGUGGUCGAACAAGCGCGGCGAUUCCGGCGAAAUACGGUUCGACUGGCUCGUCGAUGCAUCUGGGAAGAAUGGCAUUAUGGAAUCAAAAUACCUGAAGAAUCGGAUUUUCCGAGAGGGCCUUCGGAAUGUGGCAGUUUGGGGGUACUGGAAGGACGUUCGGAUUUAUCAAGAAGGAACCAAGCGCUCGAAUUCGCCGUGGUUUGAGGCAAUGACCGAUGAGCAGGGAUGGGCGUGGCUCAUCCCAUUACAUGAUGGCACGACUUCCAUUGGCAUUGUUAUGCACCAGGACAUUGCGACGAAGAAGAAGGCUGCCUAUCCGGGCGGAGCACCCUCAAUGACGGAGCACUAUCUUGAACAAGUUAAACUGCUCCCGGGCGUACUCGACCUCAUCGGCGACAAAGGACAUCUUGUACCGGGGAGUGUAAAAGGCUCCACGGAUUACAGUUAUCAUGCGGACCGCUAUUCGGGUGAUCACUACCGCAUUGCCGGGGAUGCGGCUUGCUUCGUCGACCCGUUCUUUGCUUCCGGCGUGCACCUUGCAAUGACCGGUGCGCUCGCCGCAGCGAGUACCAUUCGGGCCUCAAUGAAGGGCCAAGUGAGCGAGGAAUUCGCACAGCACUGGCACGACGCGAAGAUCGGAGUCGCACAUACGAGGUUCCUUCUGGUCGUACUGAGUGCAUAUAAACAAAUGCGGCAGCAGAACAAGCCCGUGCUCAAUGACAUCAACGAAGAUAGCUUUGAUAAAGCAUUCUCACUCUUUAGACCUGUUAUUCAAGGUGCUGCAGAUUCAGAAGGCAAGCGACUGUCGGACGAGACACUUGACGGGAUGAUCGACUUCGUUAUCCAUCUUUUCGAACCUACCGAAGAGGAACAAGCUAAAGCCGUUGCUAAAAAGUACACUCCGGACCUACUUAAGCUGAACGGGCCGGUGAUGGGGACGAAAGAGGUGAAUGCUGCUGUGGACGCCACAGACGAAGAUGCGAAGGUGGUGCUGAGCAGAUUGAACGCACUGAAGAUCUUGAGGAACGAUACGAGCUGCGAAAGCUUCAGUACGGAUGCUGUAGACGGAUACGUAGUCCAGUUGGAGAGGGGUAACCUGGGCCUGGUCGAAGCUUGAAUGAUCUCCAUCCGCUUUAGACAUGCACCACCUCCUCGAUGUAUUUAUCACCUUCCUAAUCCUUGCAUAUGCGGAUCCUCCUAAAUGUCCAAGUAAAUUUAUUGGAAUAUCAUGCUAUUGUAUUUCGAUGUGCC